AUGUCUAAAAUCGUCCGGGUUGGUGCGGUUCAAUCUGAGCCUGUGUGGCUGGAUCUAGAUGGCAGUGUCGACAAGACUAUUUCUUUGAUCGAGAAAGCUGCAGCAGAUGGUGUCAAUGUGCUUGGUUUUCCAGAAGUUUGGAUUCCCGGAUAUCCAUGGAGCAUGUGGACAUCGGCGGUAAUCAACAAUUCUCAUAUAAUUCACGACUACAUGAACAAUUCGAUGAAGAAAGACUCGCCUCAAAUGAAACGUAUUCAGGCUGCGGUCAAGAAAGCCGGUAUGAUGGUCGUACUAGGGUAUAGUGAACGCGAUGGAGCAAGCCUAUACAUGGCACAAUCGUUUAUUGACCCUUCGGGUGAGAUCGUACAUCACCGCCGAAAGAUCAAGCCGACGCACAUCGAGCGAACUAUCUGGGGCGAAGGACAGGCAGAAUCACUGACUUGUGUUGUUGAUUCCCCAUUUGGAAAAGUCGGCGGACUCAAUUGCUGGGAGCAUUUACAACCGCUACUGCGAUACUAUGAAUACUCUCAAGGAGUACAGAUCCAUGUAGCUAGCUGGCCAGCCGAAUUCGAGAUGCCGGACCCUAAAAAAAUUGCCUGGCUGUACCAUGAAACAGGUGAAGCGUCAUAUCGUGCCAGUCAAUUCUUUGCCAUUGAGGGUCAGGCUUUUGUAUUGGUUGCAUCGCAAAUCUUGACGGAGGCGAACGUGGAAAAGAAUAACUUGUCAGGCAACCCAGUGACAAAGACGCCCGGUGGUGGUUUCUCGAUGAUUUUUGGACCGGACGGCAAACCACUGUGUGAGCCUGUGGAUGCCGGGGCAGAGGCGAUCUUGACCGCUAACAUCGAUCUCCGAGACAUUGAUAAGCCUAAGGCGUUUAUCGAUGUCGUAGGACACUAUGCGCGACCUGAUCUCUUGAGCCUGUUGGUCAACCCCACUAUAGAUACACAUGUAACAACAAUGAAAAAAUGA